AAUUAAAAUUUAGUGACAGUAGGAAGAAUAGUUCAAGGACCUAAAAAAUAUCUAUGAAGUUUCCUACGCAAUGUAUGUACAGAAGCCCCAUGGAAAAGAUGCCAAAGGAAGUCAACUAUCAACAAGUCCACCAAACUAAUGAUGAGGGGAAAAUCCUCCAGAUGUUGAUCUUCAAGAUAAAUAAUCUCCUUCAAGUGCGGGCAUAGUUCAAGGCAAUCGGACUCCUCAGAUAGAAGUUCACAAUAGAAGAGAAAACCAUGUUGGUGGAGCAUCUACUGCACGCAAUGAUGGAAAAGCUGCAGUCCGAAUCUGUCCAGGAGCUGGCUGAGCUGCUUGGCAUUGGAAGCCUACUCCAGGACCUGCAUGCGCAGUUCAUGAUGAUCCAUGGGAGGAUCAGUCACACCGAUGAGAGUGCAUUUCUUAUGAUCAACACCAACAACGAGCAAUACCUCCAGCUUCUGCAGAGGAUCUGGUCCCUCACACUUGAUACUGAUAGCACGCUGGAUAGAGUGUCUCGCCAUCUGAUGGAAAAAGGGAACCUUUUUGCGUUUCAGGUACGCACCUUGCCCAUGUUUCUAAGGCUCCGUUUUCGCCGUCUUAUUGUCAAUAAGAUCAAGCAUGCAAUAGCUAACUUGAAAGACUGCUAUGCACAAACAUAUAGAAUCCGACAGCCAGCCAGACACACAGAUAUCCAUGCACCUGUGAAUUGUCAAAGAACAUUUGGCGAACCUGAAGGUGUACUUGGUAGAGAAAGAGAAGUGGAUGAUGUCCUAAGAAUGAUGCAAAGCCAUGACAGCGCACUUGGCCUGUCAAUUCUCCCCAUAACGGGAAUGGCUGGAAUCGGGAAGACGACCCUCGCUCAGCUAGUAUUCUGGCAUCCAUGGGUUGUAGAUACCUUUGGUGAUGAUCGAAUUUGGGUUUUGGUAUCUUGUAAUUUUAAUAGCAUGGUGAUAUUGAGUAGAAUAGCAGAAGUUCUAACCACCCAGAAGUGUAACAUAGAGGAUCCGGAGAAACUCCAGUGCCUUAUCAAAAAGGAACUUAGUGGGCGGAGAUUUUUUCUUGUAUUGGAUGAUGUGUGGGAUCAGAAUAUGCAGAAAUGGCAGGUACUGAUGGAAGUCCUUCAGAGUGCUGGAAUGCCAGGAAGCAAGAUGAUUGUCACUAGUCGCAUUCCUGAUGCUGUAACGUUGGCCAACUCCCUCAAACCAUACACCUUACAGAGUCUCUUGCCAGCUGAUUCUUCAAAGCUGCUCACACAUUGGAUGCAAAAUCCUGCAGAGUUGCCACCACGGCUCAUCCCAAUCAGAAAAAUGAUUGCUGAAACAUGUGGUGGUGUGCCCUCAAUACUACUCAGUGUAUCAAACAAGCUGAAGAGCAUACGAAAAACUCAAGUCGCUUGGCAGCAUGUCCUGAGCAGAUUUGAUCUCGUCUUCUAUGCAGACCGCCUUCUGUUGGAGGCAGCUUAUGUCAGCUAUAAACAUCUACCUUCAAGCAUCCAGCAAUGCUUUCUUUACUGCUCACUGUUCCUAGUUCAUAGCUUUACACCUGAACAGCUGACUGACAUGUUCAUUGCUGAUGAGCUCAUAAAACUGACAAGCAGCAAAUCCGACAUGCAUCUGUACUUCUCCAAGAUAAUGACAGAACACUUCUAUGAUGUAGUGCAGAAAUCUCGACACAGUGGAAACACUGUUUACAAGAUGCAUCCUGGGAUGCAACUUCUUGCGCAAAGGAUCAGCGGGGGAUUCCACUUAGCAAUAGAUGCUAGAAGGGAAAUAAUUUGGCCUUCGUACAAUGCCAGGUGCCUCUCCUUACUCGUUGAUUCUGAAACCAGUAAGCUUCCACCAGAAUUAUUUGAAUUUGCAAGUUUGAGGACCCUAAUAUUGCUCAGAGAUGAAAACAUGCUUUUGUCUGAGAACAAGUGCGCAAUCACAGAUAUCCCAGCAGAGGUUUGCCAACAUCUGACAGCUCUGCGUGUACUGCAUAUGCCAUCUUGCAGGAUCAAGAGGAUCCCUAGGGUAAUUGAUAUGCUACAAAAAUUAACCUAUAUCAAUCUUUCUCAUAGUGAUAUUGAGAUAGUACCAGAUUCAAUUAGCAACCUUCGAUUUUUGACGCACAUCAACCUUUCACGAACUGAAAUUGCUGAACUGCCAGAAUCAGUUGGAAAGAUGCAAUCCUUGCAUGUGCUGGACCUAUCUCACUGUGAAAAACUUCUUGGCUUGCAUGAAGCUAUAAGCAAUCUAGUGAAUCUGCAUACGCUAAACCUUGAAGGCUGUCACUACUUUGCUGUUUUACCCAGAGGCAUGAAAAGCUUGAGAAGUCUUGCCUACCUAAACAUUCUUGAAUGUCCUUUACUAACUCAAAUGCCAUGUCAGAUGAACCAACUCACAAGCAUCAAAAUAUUGCCAAGGUACAUUGCAGCGAAGACUCCAACACAUACCAUCUCAGAGUUACGUCCUUUAGUUAAUUUGAAGGAACUCGGUAUUCAGAACAUGGAAAAUUCUUCUUCUGCUGACGCCAGAAAUGUUAUCUUGCAAGACAAACAUAAGCUUGAGUCAUUGGCAUUGAGUUGGACUGGAAAUUGCACAGAUCCCGAAACUAGUUCAAGAGCACAGGAAAUACUUGAACUUCUCAAACCAAGCCGUGGUUUGAAAGUGCUUCAAUUUUUUUCCUAUCCAGGAAGGAAACUUCCAUCAUGGAUAACCAGUAAGGUACCUUACCUAAAAGCACUUACUGAUAUCAAGCUGGUUAAUCUGGCUUGUGAAAGCCUGCCGCCACUGGGACAGUUACCUCUCCUCAAGACUGUUGUACUAAGCGGAAUAGAUGCUGUCAAAUAUGUAGAUGACACAUUCUAUGGGGGUGAUGGCACGUUUCCCUCGUUGGAGAAACUCUCAUUCUUUCACAUGCCCAAUCUAGAAACCUGGCUGCCAUCACACAGAGAAGCACUUUUCCCGCGCCUUGAAGAAUUGACAGUCACUCAAUGCCCAAAAUUCAUAGCAGUGCAUGUAAAACUCCGAGCUGUUAAACGCUUGAUCAUGCUGAUGAAUAAUGAGAAGUUGAUUGCAUGUAGAGGAUCACUCCAAGGUUUGUCUAGGCAUUUAAGGGCUCUAUCAAUUUCCAUGUGUGACGAGCUACUAGAAUGUUCUCAAUGUGAGGGGCUGCAUGAACUUCAUGGGCUUGAGGAACUUCAUAUUUCAAUGUGCACAGAAUUAAUUUCUUUACCCUGUGGUAUGCAGCAUUUGUCAUUCCUCCGGAGUUUGUCUCUAACAAAAUGCACAAAAUUGGAGACCUUGCCAGAGUGGUUGAAGAAUGUAACCUCUCUGAGAUCAUUGUGCAUAUCUGACUGUCCAAAGCUGCACAUUCCCAAGAGUUUGAAUAAUAUGUCAUAUCUCCAGAUUAGUUUAGAGUGAAACCCAUCGGUUUCCCUAUAUUGUAAAAACUGAUUGUGCAUCAGGAGCAAUGAAUGGUUCUGGGUACCUUUUGAUGUUUCUAGAUUUAA